AUGUCUUCAGAACAACCCUUACUACUCUCAGAGAAAAGAAAGAGAGAAAAUAAGAAACAACAACUACAUACUAGUAUUGAUCCAAUCAAUACCAAUGUUAAUAAAUCUUUUGAAAAUGAAAAAUCUCCUAAAAUACAAACCACUCCCAACAAAAACCUUGAAAAUAGUAAUGUUGCUACCAACGAGGGUGAGCAACCAUGGUAUAGAAUAUUGAUGUAUAAUUGUUUCUUGUGGGUAAUGGUCCAUAUUUUUGACUGUUUCUUUAGGGAAAUCAGAACAAGAGGAGCAUAUCACAUUCCGAAAACAAUCAAUCCCAAAACAGGCAGAGAUGACCCCAUUAUAUUUGUUGCUGCACCACAUGCCAAUCAAUUUGUUGACCCAAUCAUUUUAGUUGGACAAGUUAAAAAAAACGUGAAUAAAAUCAUGAGUUUUUUAAUUGCCGAAAAAUCGCUACAUAGGCCAGCAGUUGGUACUUUGGCUAGAUUUUUAAUGUCUAUUGGUGUCACUAGACCUCAAGAUAAUAUGAAAUUGAUGCCCGGCAAAAUAUACAUUGAUCCAGAAAGUAACAAUUCGUUGAAAAUUGUUGGUGACGAAGAUACCGAUUUUACAAAACUUCAGGAAAGGGGAUUAAUUAGUUUACCAAAAGGCUUAGGCAGUACAGCUAUUGAUAAGAUAUUGAAUAAGCAUGAAUUACUUCUUCGUAAAGAGUUUAAAAUGAACAAACCUGAAGUUGUUAAACUUUUGAAGAAUGGAACCACUUUCAAGUAUUCCCCCAAGAUCGAUCAAAGUAAAGUAUAUCAUAAAGUUUUUGAACAUUUAAAUCAAGGUAAAAACAUUGGUAUUUUCCCUGAAGGAGGUUCGCAUGACAGAACUGAUCUUUUACCAUUAAAAGCAGGCGUGGCAUUGAUGGCUCUUGGUGCUAUGUCCAAACAUAAAGAUUUAAACGUUAAAAUCGUUCCUUGUGGUAUGAAUUAUUUCCAUCCUCAUAAAUUUAGAAGUAGGGCUGUGGUUGAAUUCGGUGAACCAAUUGAAAUCACAAAAAAAAUGGUGCUCAACUAUGAAAAUCCUGAGUCAAAUAGACAACAAGUGAAAGAGUUGUUAGACCUAAUUACAAAAGGAUUAAAAGCAGUCACGGUCACUUGUCCAGAUUAUGAAACUUUAAUGGCCAUACAAGCUACAAGGAGAUUAUAUUCAGGGUAUUUGUCCAGCAAUAUGCCUUUGUCUAUGAUUAUUGAAAUGAACAGAAGAUUGGUUAUUGGUUAUGAAACUUUCAAAAAUGACGAUCGUAUUAAAAGUUUAAAAAAAGAUGUGUUACUUUACAAUUCCCAUUUGAUGAAUUACAACAUUCCAGAUCAUCAAGUUGAGUCCGCAAAAAUUUUCGCCAAUACUAAUUGGAAAACAAAUUUAAUGGUUCUAAUCCAAAGAAGUGUGCGUAUUUUAUUUUUAUCCCUACUGAGUCUACCUGGUUUCAUUAUGUUUUCACCCAUCUUUAUUGCGUCUAAGAAAAUCUCCAGUAGAAAGGCAGCCGAAGCUUUGGCCAAUUCUACGGUUAAAAUUAAGGCAAAUGAUGUGGUUGCCACCUGGAAAAUUUUGAUUGCAAUGGGAUUAGCUCCAAUUUUAUACAUUGGAUGGUCUGUUAUUUUGGUGUACGGUUAUAAUAACGUAAUCAACCCAACGAAUAACGUUUCGUAUUUCGUUAAAUUUGCCAUCUCAUAUAUAUUAUGUUGUACAGUUACUUAUAGUGCUCUAAUCUUUGGUGAUAUCGGUAUGGAUACUUUCAAAAGCUUAAAGCCAUUGUAUUUAUCUAUUGUUAAACCAUCAACAAUCUCUGAGUUGGAAAAGGAGCGGGAGAUUUUAGCCUUAAAAAUCACUGAGCUGGUUAAUACUUUGGGUCCGGAAUUGUUUCCAGAUUUUACAGCUGAGGGGUUAAGAGAAAAACUAUAUGAAAUAAAUAAAGACAGUACCAAUGAUAAUGAUGACGACUUACAGGAGUCGAUCACCAACGAAUUGAAACGUAGAAAGAAGUUACAACAACAUAAUAGAAAGCGGUCACAAAAAUCAGGUGCUAAUACUAAUACCGCCAGUAGUUUGACUGUUACUGAUGAUUCAGAUGCUGUCUCUUUGAUCAAUAGCGAUAAUUCAUUGUCUAAUAUCCCAAUCUUUUCAAAUAGUGUUAAUAUAAGCAGUAGUGUGAGUAGUACUGCUGGCAGUAUCUCGUCAGAUUUUGAAAUUGUUGAUUCCCAUCCAGAAGAAGAAUUUGAUAGUGAUUCCAGUGUAGAGAAUAGUAUUUCUAAACAACGCAAGUUGAGUUCUAAAAUUGUAAAGACUCUAAGAGAAAAUAGAAAUCAAACAUGA